CGGAACAUUCUCCGUAGCUUCGUGUAUGCAUAAAAAAACCGGUUUGCUAUGGGCCUCGAUGCCGAAACGAGUACUGACGAUGUGUCCAAAACUGGUCAUCAAGUGAAGGAGAAGCCAACCACUCUAUUAAUGCCCGAAUCUUCACUCUAUCAGACUCUGGAAUGUGGGCCGGACGGCCAACCUGGUGGAAUUCUUAUAACAAGUCUUGGACAACAGGUCAUUCCUGGGCUUUGGAUCGGUGGCUACAAGGCUUUUGAAGAUCGUGCAUUCUUACGCAAAAACAAGAUCGAAGCAAUUCUGACCCUUGGACAUUUUAAGCAACAGUACCCGCCCGAAGAGUUUAAGCAUGAGAUCAUACCCAUUGCCGACAACCGAGAGGCGAACAUUAUCCAAUUCUUUCCCAUUACAAAUAACUUUAUAGAAGAGGCAUUUGAGUCAGGAAAACGGAUAUUGGUGCAUUGUUUGGCAGGAGUGUCGCGAAGUCCAACAAUUGUUUCGGCGUAUUUAAUGAACAAGCGUAAACUGCAUCCCAAAGCAGCAUUAGCUAUCAUCAAGCAGACACGUCCAUUUGUAAACCCUAAUCAAGGCUUCAUGAAUCAACUACGGCUAUACCGGGAAAUGGAUUACACCUUUGAUCCUUAUCAUCCGGCGUAUGUGGCGUACCAUCAGCAACACCCGAUUGACGCGGCACACGUUGGGCACGAAGGAGAAUAUGUGGAAAACACAGUGCCUACGGUUUAGAAAAACCUUUCUCGCUACUACAUAUGAUUUUUUUUUUACAUUCAUUAUCUUUCUGUAGAUGUAGUUAUCUUCUUUUGCCUUCUUCCUUUGUAAAUAUCAAAACAUUGAUAGAGAUAUUUUAUAUAUAAGGUGGGAUAUCUCCUCUUCGCAAGGAAAACUUUGUGGUUAAGCAAAGCGUGCUAAUCGGAAGGAAAUAAGCAUAAGUGGGAGAGAACCUUUGACCUCCACGCAUGAAAAGAAACAAGCACUACAUGUCUAAG